UCCUGAUGUCGCCACCGGAAGCGGCCCAGUUCAUCCAGGCCUGGUGGCGGGGCACCCUGGUGCGCCGGACGCUGCUGCACGCGGCGCUCAGAGCGGCCAUCAUUCAGCGCUGGUGGAGGCGGGUGCAGGCCAGGCUGCUGGAGCGGCGGCGGCGGGCGGCCCUGGACUCCUGGGUGCGGGAAGCGUGGGCGGCGGUCAGGCUGCAGUCCUGGGUCCGCAUGUGGCGCGUCCGCCAGCGUUACAGCCGCCUGCUGCACGCCGUGCGCAUCAUCCAGGGCUACUGGCGCUGGCACAACUGCCAAACCCGCGGCUUCGUUCAGGGUCUUUACGACAUCAAAGAAAACCAGCUGAAUCUUCAAGUAGAAAUCUCUUUGGGCCCGGACAUCUGCAGAAUGCAGCAGUGCACAGCCCUUCCAAUAAAAGAAUGAUCAGGUCUGCAAACCCGCGUCCCCCGCUCUGUGAGAUGCACGUCCGGAGG